AUGAGGCUGGACGCCGCCGUCCUGCUGCUGGGAGCGCUGGCCUGCACCGUCGGCGGUCUGGACGUGGACGGCUACACGAAAACGGAGGGAGCCUGGGUUCUGUCUCUCAACAAGCGGCUGUACACCGUCGACACGGCGGCCGAGUGCGCCGCCAAGUGCGACGUGGAGACGUCCUUCACGUGCAGGGCCUUCAUCUACAUCGAGAAGGACCAGGAGUGCUGGACCGCCGCCGCCAACUCCAAGUCCGAGUCCGUCCUGCGCCGAGCGAGCACCGUGCUGUACGAGAAGAACGACUAUCUUCUGGAGUGUGUGAACGGAGUGGGAACCGACUACAGAGGAACCAAAACCAAAACCAAAUCAGGGAAAGUGUGUCAGAGGUGGGAGUCGAAGUACCCCCACAGACCCAACAUCACUCCGCAGACACACCCCCGGGCCGACCUGGAGUCCAACUUCUGCAGGAACCCUGACGGAGACGCUGGAGGCCCCUGGUGCUACACCACCGACCCCAACACCCGCUGGGAGCACUGCAACGUGGCCAGCUGCACUGAGGACUGUAUCCAGUGCAGUGGGGAGGACUACAGGGGGAGGGCAUCCACCACCGAGAACGGCUUCACCUGCCAGCGCUGGGACUCCCAGAAGCCCCACAACCACGGCUACAACCCCGGAGCGCUGCCAGAAAAGUUCCUGGAGGAGAACUACUGCAGGAACCCGGACGGAGACCCAAGACCCUGGUGCUUCACCACCAGUUCGUCCAAACGCUGGGACUUCUGCUCCAUCCCCCGCUGCUCGUCGGAGCCUCCCACCAUCGUCCCGGAGCUGAGCUGCAUCACCGGAGAAGGCGGGGCUUACCGGGGAACCAUCGCCGUGACGGAGUCCGGGAAGACGUGUCAGAGCUGGUCGGCUCAGUCGCCGCACAAACACAACCGCACGCCCGACAACUACCCCUGCAAGGGCCUGGAGAACAACUACUGCCGGAACCCCGACAACGAGAGGAUGCCCUGGUGCUACACCACCGACCCCGAGACCCGCUGGGAGUACUGCAGCGUGCCGCGCUGCGGGGAUUCUCCGGCACCAGACGAGCCGGUGAUCCCCCCCGAUGAGGAUGACUGUUACCACGGCAACGGCGCAGACUACCAUGGCAUCACCUCAGAGACCAUCAGCGGCAAGAAGUGCCAGAUGUGGAACUCCAUGACUCCUCACAGACACAACAAGACGCCGGAGAACUUCCCCUUAGCAGACCUGAAGCGGAACCACUGCAGGAACCCUGACGGGGACCGGUCCCCCUGGUGCUACACCAUGGACCCCAAGGUCCGCUGGGAGUACUGUAGCCUGGAGAAAUGUGCCCCCAAAGAGCCGCCCAGCAGCGCCCCCAAGCCCCAGCCGCCCGCCAGCGCCACCCAGGCCCCGCCCCCCAGGGACUGUAAGGUGGGGAACGGAGCGACGUACCGCGGCCCGACCUCCAUCACCAGCCUGGGCGUGACCUGCCAGGCCUGGAGCGCCCAGAGUCCUCACCAGCACAACAGCUUCACGCCACAGAGCCACCCGGACAAGGGCCUGGAGGGGAACAGCUGCAGGAACCCGGACAACGACGUCAACGGACCGUGGUGCUACACCACCGACCGCGACAAGAAGUGGGACUACUGCAGCAUCCCCGACUGCGUGGGAACCAACUGUGGAACCCCGGCGGUCCGACCCAAGCGCUGCUUCGGGCGGAUCGUUGGCGGCUGCGUGUCUAAAGCUCACUCCUGGCCCUGGCAGAUCAGCCUGAGAACCAGUUCAGGGAUCCAUUUCUGCGGUGGGACUCUGAUCCACCCUCAGUGGGUGGUCACGGCGGCUCACUGCCUGGAGAGGUCCAUGCGUCCGGCGGCCUACAAGGUGGUUCUGGGGAUCCACAGCGAGCGGGGAACCGAGUCGUCCAAGCAGGAGAGGAACCUGGAGAAGAUGGUUCUGGGACCCAACAGAGCCGACAUCGCUCUGCUCAAACUGAGCAGACCUGUCACCAUCAAUGACAAGGUUCUACCUGCGUGUCUUCCGGAGAAAGACUUUGUGGUUCCGAGUGGAACCGAGUGCUACGUGACUGGAUGGGGGGAGACUCAGGGUACCGGAGGCGACGGCGUCCUGAAGGAAGCUGGGUUCCCCGUUAUCGAGAACAAGAUCUGCAACCGACCAUCGUACCUGAACGACCGAGUCAAAGACCACGAGAUGUGUGCCGGAAACAUCGAGGGGGGGACCGACAGCUGCCAGGGCGACAGUGGCGGGCCCCUGGUCUGCAACUCCCAGAACCGUUUCGUGCUGCAGGGCGUCACCUCCUGGGGUCUGGGCUGCGCCAACGCCAUGAAGCCCGGCGUCUACGCUCGCGUGUCCAAGUUCGUCGACUGGAUCGACCAGACCAUCAAGGCCAACUAG